AUGGCCGCCCCGCCCAGAUCGCCACACAGAGGCCCCUUGUUUUCCCGCCGGCCAGGGCCCGGACUCCCCAAUGCCCUCUCCCCGCCGCAGCUGGCCCCGGACUGGCUUGGCCCAGGCCACUGUCUUACCAGACAGGCCGUCGAGCCGGAAACAGCCCGCACCCUGACGUCCCCAGACUGCCCUGGCCUGCUGGGCCCCUCCUGGAGUUCAAAAUUGAGAAUUAAGGCCUCUGUCACAGGCCUGGGAACCAUAUUUGAUGGCGGAGAAGCCCAGGCGAAGCCCAGUGCGUCACCGUGGAGACAGCAGCAGGACCCGCCCCGGCUGCACUCUCAGCGUCCUUAUCUGGCCGAGGAAUGCGCGGUAUCCACUCUCGAUCGCGCUGGAGCCGCGCCUCCUUUCUCCCGCGACCGCUACACGCGCCGGACCCCCACACCUCCAAAUGGGGGGAUAGGUCCGGACGCUCUGCGGAGCAGGGACAACGCGGGGUCCUCGCCACGCGAGCCCAAACCCACGCGCCUCCCAGGCCCGAGAGGAAAGAGGAGGCGCUGGAGCCAAGCAGUCUCGCUACCUUUCAUUCCAAAACAAAGCCACGCCCCCACGGGGGGGUGCCUUGAGGCGAACUACGCUGGGAAACUGAGGCAGAGACCCAGACAUGCAGGCAGUGGGCGACUGCCCUCCCGGGGGCACCGCCCCUCGACUCGGAGGCUCCUCAGCGCGCUACACCUUUCGCCCUUGCCCAGCCCUGGUCACCAAGAGAGGCGCUCUACACCCCCCCUCCCCAAACCCCCCAGCCCCCGGGUGCACCGUCCUCCCUCCCAGCGUCUCCAGCCGAAAGCAUUCGGAUUCCGCCUUCUCCUCGGCGCCAACUUCCUGCCGCUGGGGAAGGCGGGGAGCGUGGCCGAGGCAGUGGGAGCCGCCUGGAGUCAUGGAGAGGGCGCAAGGGGACCACCCCCUCUUGCAACAGGAGCACAGGCGGCGCUUGCGCUUCCUGGUGCGCCCCCGACCCCUGGCCGGGUCCCCCAGCUCCAAUCCCGGGACCUCGGGGGACCGGGGCCCGCCCUUUCUACCUUCCUCUCGCCAAGCGCGCUCACCUGGCUAGGCCGGCUCGGGUCCCUGCCCUGGCCGGAGGGGCCUCGGCGUCUGCGUCCCCCGGGCAGCCGCGGCUGGGGCUGGGGUUGCCCGCCGGGCUCGGCUGCGUCCCGGGGCUGGGGACCUGGGACGCAGGGAGGGGGCGGGGAGAGCCACUGCCUCAGCCCCCCUCUCGCCCCGCCCUCCUCUCCGCCCCUUUCCGGCGGCGGCGUUAGGAAUGAAUUCCAGAUGUGGCCGGCUGGCCGGAGAGCGCUAAGACUGGCGGGGGCGGCACGCAGGGCUCCUUUGUCCGCCCCCCCACCUCCCGCCUUGCCCCGUCCGGCCCCCACCCGUGAGAAUUGGCCGGCGCGUGACGUCACGCAUCUCCAUGAUGUACGGCGCUCCUGGCCAGGUGGCCUCAACCUGAAACUACUUGUCUUGACUCCAGGUCUACUCUUGGACUAUCCCUGCAAUCCUGGGAUGAAGUACCUAUUAUUAAUCAACGCAGCAAGUACCCAUUAAGCACCUACUGUGUGUCUGUUGUUGGAAUCCACUCGACCGAAACGGGCAUUAUUCUAAAGGCUGGAAAUAUAUCAGGGAAUGAAACAGAAAAGACCCCCUGCCCUAAUGGAGCCGAUGUUCUACUAUGUGUGCACAAAAUAUCCAGAAUCUCACAGGAAGAAGAGAAUGGUGCGUUUUCACAUCCUGGGAGGGAAACUGAGAGAUGAGGAACAAGGGAUGGCAGGGAACCUGAUUUAACCCUGGGAACCCUUUUUGUACCUGCUGACUUUUGUAACGUGGGCAGACAUUUCCCAUUCCAAUGAAAAAUUAAAUUUGAAAAUUUAAAGCAGUUUGAUACCCAGACGGUGCAACCAAUAAAAAGGAGGGAGCAGCUAGGUGCCCUCUUCUGUGGGUGUAUUACAGUCCAAUAAAGAGUGUCUGAAAAGCCAAAGGAUGAAAAAUGAAAAUAAAGUCAAUUCAUGUAUGCCUAUUAAAAAAUAAAAAUGGAGUAGUCUUAUAUGUCAAUGCAUAUAUGAAACCACCUCCAGGGAGCGUGUUAAGUUGAAAAAAGCACAGGGUAGACCUCUGUGUGUCGCUUGCCUGCAUUUUGGGGUGCAUUUAUAAGGGCUGUAUAAAUACACACACAUUUGCCUAUGGAUGCACAGGCCAUCUCCGGGAGGAGGCACAAGACACCUGUCACAGCAGUUACCCUCAGGGAGGACUGAGGACCUGGGGGGACUGGGUAGGAGGCGACCCCAGACAUUUUACCCUGAGGGACUAAUUGAAAUGUUUACCUCGUAUUAUCAAUUCAAAAAAUUUACAAAGGCAUGAAAAAUAAAAUAAAAGGUAACAAAUGACCAGACUUCUAGUUGUAAAAUAGUUCCUAUAAUACAAAAAAUAGCAAUCAUAAAAAUAUUAAUAAAUAAUGUUAAUAAACAUAUCACUGUUAUCCAAUAUAUGCUAUUAACAUUUAUAUUAAGAAUAAGCAUGCUUAAAGUAUUAAUAAGGAAAUUAAUAUUAAGAGCCAACAUAUUAACACUAUUAGUAAGCAUGGGUUUUCUGUACUGCAUGGCUCUCUGGCCCCAGACUGUGCUAGGCACAGGUAUGUAGCUUCAUUGGUUGCUAUCAUCCACAAGCUGAGGUUGGAUGGAGCAGACAGAGAAGAAACCAAAUAGCUGUAACACAGGAUAGUGGGACUUUGAUGGGGAGAUGAGGAAAGGCAGAGGGUGACCGGUGACUCCAGACACGGCUUCUUUUCCUGAACCAGACCUCAGGGUCCACUCAGGCCCAACCCAGACCUGAAGGCCCACUCAGUUCUGGGUUAAAUCCCACAGUCCACUUAGGCCCAACACAGGCCUGAAGGAUCCCUCAGACCUGGGCUAGUCCACGGGGCUCCCUCGGUUCCAGGCCAGGCCUCAGGUGGUUAUGGGAAAGACCUCAGGGUCUACUCAGGCCUCCAGAAGACCUCACCACAUCCUCUGCCAAGUACAGUGUGUUGCCUGGGCAACCUCUAGAAACCAGGUGUCUGACCCACAGGGGACCAGACAAAGAAAACUGGGUCCUCUCCUCACUGAGGAGCUAUCAAGCGGAAAUCUUAGCACUCUGCGGGGACCUGAGGGCUGGGGAGGAAGUGGCCCCCCCCAACGGUGCCUCGGCUGGCUCAGCAGUUUGCCAUCUCCCCAGGGACCUGGGGGUGGGGGAUGUCAUGGUCACAGACAUAUCCAGCCGUCUGUCAGGGGUACCACAGCCCCCAGACAAAGGUAAAGUCCCCAGGGACACAGAGCCACACCGACAGACCACUUCCGCCUCCCUUCCGGUUCUGAGACAAAAAACGAGGUCUCUGUCGGGUCAGCUAAGGGAAUGGGCUGGAGAAAUGGAAAACACGGGAGGUCUGGACUUCCUGAUAGUCUAGGGGUCAGGAAGAGAAUUGAGCCUACCCUGGGGAGCCCCUGUGUGAGGGAACAGUGGAAGAGAAAGGAAACAAGGCCCUUUUCUUGGGGCGCUCCCAGGCAGAGGAAAUACAGGGGAAGGAAGAGGCCUGGACCAGGCUCCACUAAGUAUAGGGUCUCUGACAAUAAUGGCUAAUGCUAUAUAACACCAGACUAUGUGUUGGGUGUGGUUUUAGGACUUCUCAACUCUGGGGGAUGACUAUUGUUAUUAGCAUCCCAUUUUAAAGAUGAGAAAACCGAGGCACACAGCAGGGGUGAGAUUUGAACUAGAGCUAUCCAACUCCUCCCAGCCCAGCAGCCCUGUCUCUCUGCCCUCUUUUUUAUCAAGAGCCCUGCCCCAGAUCCAAUCCACCGACCCUCAUCCCUACCCCAGCAGGUUGGCAGAGAAGGGUAGUAGUGACGGCUCAGAACACAUCAGCUGAUGGUGAAAUGUGAAAUGUCCUUCUUGGUGACCCAGGUGAGGGGAACCCUCUGAUCUCUGAUCCCACGCUCACCCCAGAUAUUGUGUCCAGGUCAGUCCUUUUGCCAUUGAGUUAAUUCCAACUCAUGGUGACCGCAUGUAUGUCAGGGUUUUCACUGGUGGAUUUUUUGGAGGCACGUCAACAGGCCUUUCUUCCAAGCCAUCUCUGGGUAGACUCGAACCUCCAACAUUUUGGCUAGCAACCAAGCACGUUAACUGUUUGCACCACCCAAGGACUCCUAAAUAUUGUGAAUUCCCCCAAAUCCAGGCCUGUCCUCCAUCCUCCCCAGGCUGGCCUCCACUCACCAGCCUCCACCUCCGGCUCUUGGAUUUUGGCAGGACAAACUGCAUGAAGAGAAGUGUCUGAGACGGGUCCCAACUUUCUCAUCAUCACCCCAGUGCUGGGGGAAGGGGCUCCAGGGCUGCAAAGAAGCUUUCCAGAUGCUGAUCUUGGCAGGCAGAGGAGCCGCAGCGUCUCGCAUGCGUGGGCUCGGCGCCCACUUUCAGCUACAGGGAUGGGGUGGGGAGGUUCCCUGUAAGGGCCAGUCCCUGCCACGUCUGCACCAGAUGCAGUCUUGGCCCUUUAGGCCUGGGAGGGAUGGUCUCUCUCUUCCUGCUGAGGGGGGCAUGUGUCGUCCGCAGACACAGUUAGGGGAGCAGGAACGACAGAGGCCCACUUCUCAGCAAGUGCCCUCAGCAUAAUAAUAGCAGCUGACACAUACAUAACGGUUACCAGCCUAAGCGCUUUACCAAUGUUAAGUCACCAAAGGCUCACCCACUACCCAACCCAUCGCGGUCAAAUCAAUUCCAACUCACAGUGACACUAUAGGACAGAGUAAAACUGCCCCAUAAGGUUUCCAAAGCUGCAAUCUUUAAGCAAGCAGACUGCCACAUCUUUCUCCCCCAGAGCAAUUGGUGGGUUCGAACUGCCAACCUUUUGUUUAGUAACUGAGAACUUAACCACUGCACCACCAGUGCUCCUUCCAAUAGCUCACAGUAGCUACCAGCUAGGGAAUGGAUAGACAAACUGUGGUAUGUUCUUACCAUGGAAAACCACUCAGCAACCAAAAGGAAGGAGCUAGUACAUACAAUGACAUGAAUGAAUCUCCAUUGCAUCACGGUGGGGAAAGUCAGACACAAAAGGCCACGUUCUAUAUAAUUUCACUGAUAUGACCUUCUAACAAAACCAGUUUCCAUCAAGUUGAUGCUGACUCGCGGUGACCCCCAUCUGUGUUAGAGUAGAACUGUGUGUGCUCUGUGGAGUUUUCAAUGGCUAUGAUCUUUUGGAAGUAGAUGACCAGGCCUUUCUUCUGAGGCACCUCUGAGUGGACUCGAACCUUCAGUCUUUUGGUUAGUAGCUGAGUGCUUAACCAUUUGUACCACCCAGAGACUCCAUAUAACCUUCUAGAAAAGGCAAAACUAUAGGGAGGAUGAACAGGCUAGUGGUUGCCAGGGCCUGGGGGUAUGAGGAGAAGUUUACAAAGGGCACUGGAGAAUUUUUUUGGUGCUGGAAAGGUUUUAUAUCUUGAUUUUAGUGGUGGUUGGAUGACUAUAUGUGUUUGUCAAACUUGCAGAAUCGUAUACUAAAAGGGUGGAAUUUUAUUGUGUCUAAACCUGUUGUCAAGUCGAUUCUGACUCAUAAUGACCUUAUUGGAUGGAGUAGAACUGCCCCAUAGGGUUUCUAAGGAGUUGCUGGUGGAUUCGAACUUUUGGUUAAGCAGCCUUUUGGUUAGCAGCCGAGCUCUUAACCACUGUACCACAAGGGCUCCAUUGUGUCUAAAUUAUUCCGGAAUUAAAAAAAAAAAAAAAGCUCACAGCAGCCCUGUGUCAUCAGGGUCUAAUCAGGAAAAUAGAAGUAUCUCAAACAGAGGGGAUUUAAUGCAGGGGUUGGUUCCAUAGCAGAGAAGCCAAAGGGGGGAGGUGGUGAGAUUAUUUAGAAAUGAGCAUAUGGGGAGGCCUUGUCUGAUGAGAGGCUCAGCCAGAAGAUGAUGGGAAGAAAUACCCUGGUUUCUCCCCUCCUCCCACUGUCCAAUCUACCUCCAGUGCCUCCCACUGGCUAAAUCCAACCAGAAGUCAGUGGGCAGAGAGAUGUAGUGUGCAGGGGCCGGCCUCUAGCGCUGAAGGGCAGGGAUGAUCUGAGGGGACCCAGGCUCCAGCCUGGCACAGACCAUGUGAGGUAGGGGCAAUUACACCCCAUUCGACAGAGGAGAGGAGCCCUGGUAGCGCAGUACUUAGGUGCUUGGCUGCUAACCAAAAGGUUGGUGAUUUGAACCCACCAGCCACUCCCCAGGAGAAAGAUGUGGUGGUCUGCUUCUGUAAAGAUGUACAGCCUUGGAAACCCUAUGGGGCAAUUCUACUCCGUCCUAAAGGGUCAGUAUAAGUUAGAAUCUACUAGACAGCAACUGGUUUGACUGAGCAGGAAACUGAGGCCCAGAGAGCUGAU